CAGGCCCCGCGAGACCGCGCUCGGCCGGAGGAGCGAAGUUAGCCGAGUCGCCGCGACCGAGUCCCGAAGUCCCUCCGCGCGGGGGCGGCGGACCACUUCGUCGCUCGCCGCCGCUCUCGCUGGUCGACGGAGCGAAAGGCAGCGUGGAAGAAAGGUGGUGACCAUUGUCAAAGGACGAGACAGCUAGACCUCUAAAAGUGCCGGCCACGGUUAGCCUCGGAGGUAGAUCUCCAAUCCGAGGAUAAAGAUCCAUACGGGUGAUUGAUUACCGAUUGGAUGAUCGAGGAGAGGUUCGAUACCCGGACCUGUACUAGGAACCAUCGGAAGUACCAUUGAGACGUGCAAGUUCGGUUUUCUCGAUCCUCAUCCUGGGGAGUUUGGAUAUCCAGUGUAAUUCGUAUUGCGUUCGGAGUACGUCGAGAUGGUCGGAAGGAAGGAUUCAAGGGAGGAGCGGUGCGGCGUGGUCCGCGGAUUUGAUUUCUCGAUCUUCCGGAGGAUCGAGCGCUUCUAGGUCCGUCUGGUCGGGUUCUUGGAUACUCUUUCCCUAGGAAUGGUCCUUGGCUCCGGUGCUGGCGUUUAAUUAACGGCCUAAUGGAACUCGGCCCCGGGGUGCUCAGGGGUUCCGAGGCGCCCCGAAGUUCGGCCCCUAAUUAGUGAUUAGCCGCGGAUGGAUUUUAAUUAUCGUCCCGUGGUGGUGGAACUUGGAAAGGAUGGACGCUGGUGAGCGUCUUCGGCGCGGUCUUGGACGAUGUAGGAGCGAGUCAUGUGGCCCGAUGACCUGCCCCGGUAUGGCGAGGGGAACCGUCCGACCGGGUGCGGAGUGCUGAAUGGAGGUGGAGGGAAGCCGAAUCGAGUACAGGACCGAACCGCAAGAGGGACCUUCGAGCAUCGGCGCGGCAACCGGAGCUCGACAAAGGGAGGAACCGAGGAUUCGGGAACGGGAAACGGAACGCGAAACGAAACAACCAGUGCCGGAUGGGACGAGCAGCGAAACGCUGGAUGGGGCUCUGAACGGAGUGCGGAGUGGAAUACGAAACGAGGAGAAGAGCGGGACUGAGGGGGUGCUUAAUUGAAGAAACAAGAAGCGGACCGGGGAAAAAGUACCCGCGACGUGGCGGGGGACCGGAAACGGAACGGAAAGCGGAACUCCGAGCGGAAUACCGAACGGAUGUUACGCACGAAGGCGCACGGCAAAGCUGAUGAGAUGACAGUGAUCUGCGUCCUCUGGGCCGCUCUGUCCACCGUGGCAUCGAUCUUGGCGUGCUCCGGAUUCUAUCUGCCCUACUGGAUUCAGGGGAGACUGCUUGGGAAAGCUGACGCGUACUUCGGCUCCUUCAGGCGUUGCAACUAUCCGAGGAUUCGGGCACCCAAUGCUACCCUGGAAAUCGUCUACGAGUGCGCCAGGUAUUCCAGUUUCUGGGACAUCCCGAGCCCUUGGUGGCAAGCCAGCACGGUGAGCAUGGGCAUCGGGGUGGCGAUAGCAGUAAUUGGAGCACUCACUCUUCUGGCCGCAGCCUCGGCCUUCCUGCCGCACGUUUUAAGGACCCCGAAGAACACGCGUGUCCUCGGAUCUCUGCAGCUUCUCGCUGCAGCGAUGAUAUGCGGCGGCUUGGUGAUGUACCCCAUCGGCUGGGACAACCGAGAAGUGCGAGAGUCCUGUGGCAAGGGAGCCAGCGCCUACAACCUGGGAAAGUGCUCCCUGUCGUGGGCCAGCUAUCUCCUGGUGGGCUCCGUGGCCCUCCUGAUGCUCUGCUUCGGGCUCAGCUUCUGCGCCGCCCGACACAAGCCGCCUCAUCCGCACUCGGACCCUCUGCGCAUUUGACAAUCGAGAUACUCCCAAUCGAUACACGCCUACGCGUCGCCAAAGACCACGACUUUGUCCUUCGUCACCGUGUGUUGAUCCUUCCGUGCCUCCACGCAUCGAUCGCUGGUCCCCGUGCGGCGCCUGAAGUUGGCGGCUCCUCGAGCGACCCUCAGGGUCCUCCAGCCGGACGAGCUGGGAAGACGCAUUUGCCGACUAUGGGUGGUCAAUUAUCGCUUUAGCUUCAUUCCUCGAGAAACCUGCGCUACGAGCUUCGGAAGGACGGCCAGACCGACCGUCACGAGCCGGACGUGACGUGCCUUAUCAACAAGGUCCACCGACGAAGACACGUCCGGGAGCUUGGUCCGAUGCUCCGCUUCGUAACCCGAAUGCAGAUUGGAUCUCCACCGAGGAGGCCCUCGUUCGCGGUCGUUGCCGAUCAUCCGAUCGUCGCGAAAGUCCGCAAUCACCGCGCGAAUCGAUUAUCGUCGCACGAAAUGUUAGUCACCGCAAGGUAACCGUCGUGCAUUGGUUAUCAUCGCGCGGGUCGAUAAUCGUUGCGCGAAUCGGUAAUUGUCGCACGAAUCGAUAAUCUUUGCGCGAGUUGAUUAUCGUCGCACGAAUUGUUAAUCACAUUGGUUAUCAUCACACCCAUCGAUAAUCUUCGCGCGAAUUGAUCAUUUUCACCCGAAUCGGUAAUCACCGCAACAAUCGGUGACCAUCGCGCGUCGGUUAUCAUCGCGCGGGUCGAUAAUCGUUGCGCGAAUCGAAAAUCGUAACGCGAAUCGAUAAUUGUCGCGCGAAUCGAUAAUUACCGCUUACACGCGUUCUCGUUCGGCGCGCGGAGUCCGCGCACCGUGCAAGCUGCGUGGUCGAAUUGGGAGCCUCGAUCGAUUACUUCCGACGUGCCUUCCGCCUCCACGUGUACAUGUGUACUUCCGGGGUGUUUCCCUUGGCAGAGGGGCCCUGACAGCCGUGAAAAUCUCCCCGGGUACCGAAUUACCGAGCCCCGGUUUCGUUUUAUUUCCCCGCGAGUGGCGCCAGUCCGCUCUGGAAAAGAGACCGCGGACCGGUCGCCGAAUGUUUCCUGAAUAUUCACCGAAUGCCCGGCGAAUUCUCUCGCCCGCUGUCCGCGCAUCGCCCUCGCGGGAUGCAACUGCGGGAUUGUUCAUGAAUAGUAAUGGCUCGCACUCGCUGGGCACUUUGGUUGGCCGACUAAUAAUUACGCGUCUUAGUUACGGGGCCGCGGGUGUCCUGUAAAUCGGCCGCCGUCCGGCUCCGUCCUACAUAAACAAUUCCGCACCCGCGGCAGGAUUGUGUGCAUUCCCGUUUUCCUUCCGGCAAGAACCAACAGCCACCGUGCACACGGUUUUCACUUUCGCAGUGUUGUUUGCGCACGUCCGGGUCUAUUAAUCGGGGGAUAUUUCGCGAGAACUUGGUUUGCUUUGGGCCAAGAGGAUUGCUUCUCCGGUCGUUGUAAAUAGCUGGACGUUGCAGCUUGGACGGAUUUUCCCCGGGAAAUUUUCUGCCGGUUGGGUCCUGGAAAAAUGUUCCGGUUAAUUUUACACGCGCCUGAGAGAUUUCUUGUUGUGGUUAACGAGAAAGUCCGAUCGUGGUUGGAAAUUUCUAAUUACCGAAGCCAGAGGCGCGAUUCUGAACGUCAAUUCGAUAACUGUCGGUAUCUUUAGCUGAUUGAAAUAACACGACUACCUACGUCGAUAACUACCGAAUGUGGGGUACAGAAUCCCGCUUUUGGUUGGAUUAUACAUCGAUAUCUCAAUCGGAUCCCUGAACCACGAGAUAAACUUCCAGGAGAACAUUCUUGUUUUGGUAUCCAGAAAUUCCCCAAAAAGCAUUAACGCGGCCAGGUAAUAUUUCACCGAGGACAUCAAAUCCUUUAACCAGAAAAUUGCAAGGACACGUUUAACCCCUAAUCCUGAAAAAAAGGGACACUUGGAAUUCUGGCUCUUUUAAAUGGACGUUUUCUUCAAGUGAAGAGGACCUUCUCCCUCGAGAUACGCAUCGGAGGGUAAUUAAUCCUGAUUCCUGAAGAUUUUGAUUCCCGGACGUCCGUGCCCGAUUUGCAUCGAGAUGGUCUUAUGCAAAAUUAGUCGAGCAUCUUGGGAAGACUGCCCUGGGCGGAAGUGCCGAUUAAAUUACCCCGAAGGGAUAAUUGGCGUUUCGGUGCCAACGGCCGAGGAACUGUAAAAUUCGGUGGACCGUGGAUUUAUGCGGUUUGUACAGGCAAACGUAGCAGCGGGGGGCGCAAAUGGCGUACCGAAGAACACGAUACAUUAGCGGCAAUGGCAUUAACCCACGCGAAUUGGAUCGAGAGCGAUCCGCGCUUUCGCAGAGAUUCGCGGAGGCUGAUUUCGGGGGGGGAAAUUGAACCGGCCGCGUUCGGUUGGGGAAUAACACCCCAUAUAACUUGAGCUCCCGUGGACGUUAGUAAGCCCUUUUCCAUCCCAUGAAUUCAGGCUUCAUGACCUCGGCAAGCAAGCGUGCGUAUCGGUUUUAGUCGGCUUUCCAGGCGCGAUAAAAGCGUAACUCGACACACCCAACACGUAUGCCGCGUUAACCUCGAGAGUCGGUCCCAACCAUGCUUGGAAAGGCGAAACCGACCAAGGCGUCUCAUUUCCCAUGGGUCCCCGUGGUCCGUAUUUGUCUGUUGGAAAUGAUAUCAAUUGCAUCCCCGCUGAUGGAACUCCCUCUUAAAUUCCUCCCCCUCGGCCGCACUUUUCAAAAGAGACCCACACCGCCCCCGUUGUCCCGGCCUCGCGAAAUUCCCUUUGACAGGAGGGGAAACAUACGCGAGCAGCGUGUCCCCUGUGGAUUUAAAUUUCUGUAGAAUGGGAAUUCCUGGGCGGGAAGUUCCUUUUUGCGAAGCGCGUAUACCUUUCCUCGCUUCGGUCACCGGCAGGAGAAAGAGGAGAAGUCGGAUGAAUGUCAGACUUGGGGGAUGCUUCGCCGGGCAUUUUGUCCCUGCUUUUCUCGGAUCUCGUUUUCCACGCGGAUGAGGAAGGCACCGACGAAUCCCGAAUUAUGGAUAGCGUUAGGUUAGUCGUUCUUCGCCUAUCGCGGGUCUGCGAAAGUGUUUCUUGUUUUAAUAGACUAUCGAUGUUAGGGAACGACGUGCUCAGAGUAUAGAGGCUGAGCGAGUGAGGAUCGAACUUUGAAGUCGGAUGGAGGGAGGAUCGAGACUUUGGCGAUGAUCGAUGAUUUAUCGCAAGAUGGCCAUCGGAUCAAGGUGACGCGAGGGGAGGAUUAGAUCGGUCAGGGCGUUCGAUGUAUCGAUAUCGAGUCGAGGUUACAGAUUUUUACGGUUUUCGGAGGACCCCCGUCCUCGGGGAUUAUCGAGGAUCCUGAAGAGGUCCCGCAAAGUCUUUCAUCGGACAGUUAUUGCCGCGUGUCCAAUGUCCUCGAUCGGACAAAAGGGAGAGAAAGAGAAGAGAUAGCUUUAAGUCGCGGCCGAAGGAGCGAAAAGGAAGGAAAUGUUAACUAAAUUGUUUACCGCGAUUAACGGAAGUUACCGUCACGAUGGCGGCGGUACCUUGAAUGGGAUUAAUGCAUGCAACGAGCGAUUAUUUUCGGUGGUUAAGGCGGUGUAAAUAAACGUUCGCGUUGGCUUAUCAUUAGCUUAUUUACUUAAAAAAGAAACGUAUGCGAUGUAAAUGGACACAUGCGCCGACUUAAGUAUACAAACCGAGCCGGAGCCAACUAACGAAUCUCCAAUCGGAAUCAGAAUUGAGAAAUGCGACGAUUGAGAACAUCGAUAAUACAUCGAUUAAUACGUGAAAGUAAUGGUAGGAGGGUAAAACUAUUGGAAAAAGGGCAUUUACGAGAUUAUCGGACUAACUAGCCCUGACUGCAGUGACAAAUUCGGCGACGAAAUGGAAAAUGCACUGUAAAAGUGACCGGGAAUUGUUCGCUUCUUUACACCAUACUUAUGAGAAAUAAUUCUUCUAAUGGUACAUUUUUUCAAGUACGGUACGUUAUUCAAAGUGCAUUUCUUUUAUAAUUACGUGCCGAAAAUCUCUAGUCAUUUUUACAGGGAAUUUUUACACCGCAACCAUGACUGACAAUGCAAGUGCAUCGCCAAUUGACUUUCGACGUCGUCGCAGCGACGUUUCUUCGCGGAGAGUCUUGUACAGACCGAAAAGGUUUAGGACUGUCGCGAACAACGGUACAUACUUGUAUGUAUAUGUAUAUAAUGUACCUACGCGGGUGCAAGAGCUCUUCGGUGCUACCUCGAAUGCACUCGAGAUGCACCUCGCGCGUACCUCGCAUCCAGAGGCCACAAUUGCGCAAGAACAAACUGUAUAUAUCUGGUACGAUAUAAAUGUUGCGUAUUAAUAUAUUUUAUA